CCGGAAACAAGGCCGUGUAACCUAUGACUCGGAAGUUGUAGGUGACAGACUCUAGACGGACCUUCCGCAACAAAAAAAUGAAAACGUCGGGAGUAACGGGGAGGACAGGAACUCGGUGAAGGAUUAAAUGUUCACUUCAAGUGAAGGAGAGCAUGUUCCCUAAUUCUCCUAAUGUGGGUCGUCCCCCCUUCUCUCCAGCUCUUAUUUCACAGCAACAGAUCAUCAAUGCUCUCAACUUCAGGAAUGCAAGCCUUUCUGGUACAAUCCUAACAGGAGUAAUUACUCCACGGCCAUCAGCUGUGUGGCCUUUAAAUAGUGCCUGCCCUACUUAUUCACCGGGUCUGCCCAAUAAUGUCGGAAGGAAGCGAAGGAGUGAUGAGCGAACUAGUCCUUAUGACGUCAAACGCCAGCGGUUUCAGUCACCACCUUCUCGACCAUCUGGCAGUUCAGUGCCUUUCGUUGUUGACCGCAGGUAUUCUGUUCCAUCGCCUGGAAUUUCAUCUCUGCUUCCACUCACUGAUCACCCACAGAAUACUCUACAAGUGGCCAGGGAUAAGUUGAGUCAACAAGUUUUGGACCUGUUCUGCAACUGUCAACAACAGUCAAUUGAUCUAGAAAAAAAGGAUCUAUGCCGCACACAGAUUCAGAGAGAAAUCCAACGGAUAUUCCCACAAACCAAAUUGUAUUUGGUUGGUUCUUCACUGAAUGGCUUUGGUACUCGUUACAGUGAUGCAGAUCUGUGCCUUGUGCUAAAGGAGGAGCCGAUCAAUCAAAGGAAUGAAGCAUGUCACAUACUAAGUUUAGUUCAACAACUUUUCUACAGAUUAUCUUACAUUGACAGACCUCAACUGAUCCGAGCAAAAGUGCCAAUAGUAAAAUUCAGGGAUAAAGUCAGUGGUGUGGAGUUUGACUUGAAUGUAAACAAUGUUGUGGGAAUAAGAAAUACAUUCCUACUGAGAAGCUAUGCAUAUAUUGAGAGUCGUGUCCGUCCUCUUGUGCUGGUUGUGAAAAAGUGGGCCCGUUACCAUGGAAUCAAUGAUGCUAGCCGUGGCACAUUGAGUAGUUACUCUUUGGUUCUGAUGGUGUUACACUACCUACAAAUUCUACCUGAACCCGUCAUUCCAUCUCUUCAGAAAGAGCACCCGGAGUGCUUUGAGCCCACUAUGCAGCUGCAGUUUGUGCACCGAAGAGGAAGUAACAUUACUCCAUACCUCUCAUUAAAUAGCUCAAACCUGGGAGACCUGCUUGUGGGGUUUCUGCGUUACUAUGCUACAGAAUUUGAUUGGAAUAAUUCAAUAAUAUCAAUCCGUGAAGCCAAAGUGAUUCCCAAAACCAAUGAUGUGGAAUGGAAAAAUAAAUAUAUUUGUGUUGAAGAACCCUUUGACAGAACAAAUACUGCUCGAGCUGUACAUGAAAAAUGCAAGUUUGACAUGAUUAAAAAGGAGUUUCUGCAGUCAUGGCACAAACUUAAAGACAAGAGGGACUUGUUCAACGUUCUACCAGCAGCAGCUACAACAGAGUGUGGGGGAAGAUGACGGAUUGGUCAUAUGUGGAGCUGUUGUCCUGAAGAAAAGUGGAAACUCUAUUACAAACAAACACCGCUUCCAUCACUGGGAGGAUAUUGUCUGGCAUUGAUUUCAUUUAAAAACUUAUCUGAUUUAUAAAGGUUUUUUGUCUUUUAUGUGACAGUAAGAACUACGGAUUUUCUUUUGUCUUUUUCAUUUCCUGCAUUUGUCGCAACAAGCUGACAAUGAAGCCUACAUAAUAAGAACACUGAAGAAUAAAAGCCUAGAAUUAAGGACAGAUGAUUAUUAAAACAAAGUCUUCCUUUGAAAGAUCCUUCUGAAUCCUCAAAGGUAAAGUUUACUUAAGUGAUUUUAAUGGAUUUGCUGCAAAGUUUGGUUUGUGCAAUUUGUUGAGGGAUCAGAAAGUGGGAAGGAUAUAAGAAAUAUUGAAUAGCAAAACAUUUAACAAAUGUACCAUCUGAAUUGCACUAUUUUGAAUGGUAGCAGGGUUAUCAUUUGCAGUGUUAUAGCUGUAAUAAACUUUCAAUUUCAAGUUGAAAGAGUCCUGCUGCAAUCUAAAAAUAAUUGCUGCCUGUUUUUGCAUAUUAAGAGAUCAUAUUUAUUCAUUCCCCACCCCAUUAUUGUGACUCAAUAUAACAUAUGCUGAGCAAAUAUGUUCUCAUAUUUCAUUUCUGUUUCCGGGACAUCAAAUAAACCUUAAUUCAAGUAUAAUGCCAUCUAAGUCAUCCUUUAUUUACUUAAAGAAAAGUAACGAGAAAAUACAUCUUACAGGAUGCUGAGCAAAAUGUUGGUGAAAAAUGAGGUUUUCAUUUUCAGUUUAUUUAUUAAACCAUUCUAGAGGCCAAUUUCUAAAAGCGCUGUCUUUUUAAGUAAUUGUUCCUUUUAUGUUUAUUCUCUAAGUUUAUUGUAUAUAAAAUAUGGAAAUCAGUUUUUUGCAAUGUUCUAUAUCUCAUCUUUCUUUUGAAAUUCCCUUUUGUAUUUUGUACGUUGUCUAAAAUUAAAUAAAGUUCGCAUAUGGAAAAUAAAACUAUUGAAUCGAGCAUUUACAAUGAAAAAUUGUUCUACUGCCAUGUACCUGUUGAGUCAACUUCCAAGAAGCUGCAAAUUAUAUUGAUUUCAAAAAUUACAAACUAGCAACUGUAACUGGAAGCUGAUGUUGAUAUUUUUAAACUUGGUGCUUGCAUGCAGUUUUACACAAUGUCAUGCAAUAAAUUGCAUUAUAGAGUAAAAUCAAUAAGCAGCUUAGGCUUCCAAAAGUAAUUUGCAUUCCUAGCGAUCUUCAUGCAGUCACAAACUAAAUUAUUUUGCUGCAGAGUAGAUUCAAAUCAAUGUCAAAAUAGUUUACCAGGUAACAGUUAUAUUAGUCAGCUUUGUGCCUUUUACAUAGUUAAAAUUGGAUUCUUAGCUGCUUUCUAAAUGGGUUAUUGUUUUAUACUAUUUCAGGAUCAUGUUACCAUUUCAGAUUUCUAUUCUUUAAAAAAAAAUUAUGAUUAAAUUAUUUUUUAUUUUUUACAGAAGAAUGCAAGUAAACAGAGAUCGAAUCAUCCGUAUGAUUGAUUCAACCCAGGACUGUUAUAUUAAAUUACAAGGUUACAAUUAUCUUUACAUGCUUGUGCUCUGACUGCAUGAAAGUUAGCACCAAAGAAUGGCUAAUGAAGGCCAGACAACAAAUAUGUUGUUGAGGAAAUCCUUUUUAAUUGAAGAUACUAGGAGUAUGUAAAGAUAAUUAAUUUUUUUAAAUUCUUCAGUGAGCCACUGAAUUUCAUUGAAGUAGUAUAGUUAAUUGUUGGUUUUAAAUCUAGUAAUCUCAUAUUAUUGACUUAAUUAUUUUUAAACUAACAUUGAGAAUAUGUAACAUGUGAAAUCCUAUCUUCAUGAAUGUACUUAUCUUUGUCUAUUUUAAAAAAAUACCAUAUGGUUAGCAAAGCACAUCUUUGCACAUUAUUUGGUCUCUUUGUAUAAAAGUUAUUCAACAGUGAGAAAUUAGUAGGUUUUUGCAGCCGUCAUUCCUUAUUAACUUGUCUGGACCAAAUGAUUUCCAUAAAAUGGCAUGAAUCAUAAUGUAAAUAAAUAAAUAUUUGUUA